GUUUUUAAUGUUAUCUACUCAGUCAUUCCUCACUCCACGACAAGCGGUUGCAGUUACGAUGCUUCUUACGAGUGAUAGAUUUACUUCUUUUUUAUUUGUAUUUGUCUUUUUAAAUAGAACGAAUAUUAUUUUCGGAUGUAGCUAGUUUCGGUUGUGACUAUCCUCGUUAUCGCUUAUGGUCAAUAAUCGAAUGCAAAAAAAAGCUGUUAAAAAUUUAGAAAGAUGAAUUCGAUGAGAGGUGCACGAAGUUCCGCUGUCUUCUGAGCAUUACGUAAUCGUUCAGCAUCCAUGCGAAAUUUCUGACAUUUAGCUGGGAAAACUGUUAGAAGCCGGUGAUGUUAUUUUGGAAGUCAAUGAUAAAAAAGUCGUCUCUUUGACAACAAAAGAAGUGCUCAAGUGCCUGAGGUUAUCCAAUGAUGUAGUGACACUGAAGGUGAAGAAAGACGCCUCAAUCAAAGAGCGGGUUCACAAUCACAUGGCGGCAUCGAGUGAACUGGAAGCAUUGAGAAGAUCCUAUGUCAAAGAAAAUUCUAAUUCUUCCAGCAACGGUCACAUAGAUGCACAACACAAGCUCAAUUCCUGUGAAAAGUUUGAAUCAAAUGGUGAUACGAGAGAAAAUGGUGAGAACAUUCCCCCAUCCCCCACACAGCCCACAAAGUCUCAUGUGAGACAACCGCCUCAGCCAAAAUUUGAAACUUUUAUGAUGACAGGUGAUCUCAUCAUUAAAACUAAAAGCAGUAAUGCAGGACUUAUUUUACCAAAAAAUAAUAUCAAGCAACCUGAAGGACUUAUACAAUAUGCACAAGAAACCAUUUGUUCAAAUCAUGAAAAUGUUGAAAGUGAUUUAAAUAAUAGAGGAAAGACAACAAAAAGAGAAGCUUCUGACUCUCACAGUCCUGUUGUAGAAAAAAAAGGUAGUUUUAGUUACGGUGGAAAUUUUGUUCGGACUUCUCGAAGUGAAGAUUUCCUUCAAAAAUCCUCAGUAGCUACUGUGAACAUUGAUAUUGAGGAUGACAUAGCCACAUCACUCAAUAAUUUAUUAGACGCAAAUAAAGAAAAUACUUCAUCUGAUCGUAUUGUUUGGACUUACAAUGCUCCUGUAAGUGCAACUGGCUCUAAGUCUGUUACUAGUCCAUCCCCAAACAGUGACAGCUCAGAAAAUUUACCAAGACAUGAAAUAAGAGAUGAAAGGACUGGGCAGUUCAUACAGAUUUCUGGUAUGAACACUGUAGAGCAGAACUUUAAUGCUAAUGGUGAAAAACUAGUCAAUGAUAAUAUAAAGAACAUGAUUGCUACAUCAAAUCGACAGCGGUAUGCUCCGCGUAGCAUUCAGCCAAAGCAAGAUGGUAUUACCAAUAUCAUGAUUGAUGAAAACAAAAUUUAUGUGAAAGUGCUGCCUGAUCAGACUAAAUCAAAUGAACAUGCCAUAUCUUUGUCAACAAAUAAUAAAGGACAUCUUAAUUCCACAAGCAAUUCACCAAAAAAUUUGAAACAUUCAGAAAAUGUUGAAGAGUCUCGUAAUGAUGAGAACUCUAACACCGGUGAUGAACAUAAACGUUCUUACUCACCGGAAGAUGAGUCAGAUGUAGAAAGUCUAAGCAGUUUUCAUUAUAGUCCUAAAGCUAUUGAUAUGCCUUCAGCUUCCAGGCUUGCAAAACGUCUCUUUCACCUAGAAGGUUUUAAAAAAUCAGAUGUGUCUAGGCAUCUUUGUAAAAAUAAUGAUUUUAGUAGAGUGGUAGCGGAAGAGUACUUGAAAUUCUUUGAUUUCCACGGAGAGACAUUGGAUGUUGCUUUACGGAAGUUCUUAAAGCAGUUUUGCCUUAUUGGAGAAACACAGGAAAGAGAACGUGUUUUAGUUCAUUUUUCAAAACGAUAUCUUGAUUGCAACCCUGGAGCUUUUAAGUCACAAGAUGCUGUUCACACUCUUACUUGUGCCCUAAUGCUCCUAAAUACUGACUUGCAUGGAGAAAAUGUCGGAAGGCGAAUGACAUGUGCUGAGUUUAUUGAGAAUUUAGCAGAAUUAAAUGAAGGAGAAAAUUUCUCUAAAGAAGUUCUGAAAGCACUGUAUCAUUCCAUUAAAACAGCUGCUUUAGAGUGGGCAGUGGAUGAUGAAGAAGAAGUAUUAACAACUGAUGACCAUACACCUAAUACAGAUCAAAGACAAAGUUUUAUUGGGCAUAACCCAUUUCUUGAGGUGCCAAAUCCUAACUUUGCCACUGAAUACAAAAAGGGCUAUGUAAUGAGGAAGUGCUGUGUUGAUCCAAAUGGAAAGAAAACUCCGAUUGGAAAGCGUGGCUGGAAAAUGUUUUAUGCCGAUUUGCGAGAUUUGGUUUUAUAUCUUCACAAAGAUGAAAAUGGAUUUAGAAAGAACCAGUUGUAUGAUAGUCUUCAUAAUUCUAUUCGCAUUCAUCAUGCAUUAGCAACCAGAGCCACUGACUAUACUAAAAAACAGCAUGUGUUCCGACUCCAGACUGCAGAUCAAGCUGUAUAUCUCUUUCAAACAAGGUACCAUAAGGAUUCUAACCAAGAUGAUUCAAAGGAGCUGCAAAGUUGGAUUGAUACCAUAAAUUAUGUUGCUGCAUGCCUUUCCGCCCCUUCCCUUUCAGGAGCAGUGGGUUCUUCACAAAAGAAAUUUCAGAGGCCAUUGUUACCUGUUGCGCCUACAAAGUUGAAUUUUCGUGAGCAGCUAUUAGAACUAGAAAGCAAAGUCAUGAAAUUAGAGAAAGAGAUAGAAGAACAUUUAUCACAUCCUCCUGACCGAAGUGCCAAAUCUAGAUUUGUUAACGAGUAUGUGGAGAAAGAGCAGUUCUUGCAGUAUGAGCUGAAACGCUACAGGACAUAUAUUUAUCUCCUUCGAUCUAAAAUUGCACAAUUUCCAGAGUUAGAACCACCUUUAGUGGAGACAUCUAUUGGUGAAGUUGAUGAGUUAUUGGAAAAAAAUGAUCAACCUCAGAUAACUUCUAUUGCACCAUCCUCAGACAUUUCUGGCUCAGUGAAACGAAGUCUUUCGGAUCGUUUCAGUUAUAGGGCAGCGAUUUAUAAAACUGGUGCUUCGGAUGAUGGUGUCUAAUAACCAAAGAUGUCUCUUCUUCCAUGAUUAAGUGGUGCUUAUAGCCAAACUCUCAGGCCCAAAACUUUUUUUCUCAAACCGUCUAAACUAAGAUGUUUAGCAAUCAAAAAUGAUGCUGAAUUAACUUACAGAAAUUCACAGAAUUGUGUAAUAUGCCACUAUACAUAGAUUCCUUUUCAAUAUUGGAUAUGCUCUAAGUUAGGAUAUUCAACAAGAACUAUUCUGUGCAUUUUAUACAUCAGAAACAAUUUAAAUAUGCCAUGUUAUAUUUAUUUUAUAGAGAAGAAUGUAUAUUUAUACCACAUAAUGUGGAAGCUUUGUGUCUUUUUUUAAUGCUUCAGUGUUUACCAAUGGCAGAGCUGCAUAUGCUUUCAAUAGAAAACCUUUUUAAAAUUUUUGUCCUAACUGCAAAGUUAUACCUUCCUAUCUUUUUCUUUAACAGAGCGGUUUAAGUAUGGAAUAUAAUUGAUGCAUUGAAGUUAUAGCAUAUUGUGCUUUUUAGUAUAUCUGUGCUUUUAGUGAUCUUGAGUUCUGUUUUUAGCUUUUCAUAAAAGUAAUUUUUUAAAUGCAUUAUUACUCUCUCUGGUAUCCACAGGAGAAUUUUUCUGAAUGUGUUUCUGUUUUUGUUUGUUUGUUUCUUUUUUAAUUUAAGAUAUAGGAAUAUGACCAAGUUUAACAGAAGUAGGGAAAAUCAAGAACUUUAAAAUCAAGAAUUUAUGGAAUAAAAGAGUUGAUUUGAGACAUUUUAUUGUUAUUAAAUAUGGCAGGUUGGAUUAUUAUAGCUUUCUUUGUGGUGUUUUACAUCUUUCCUUUCCAGUUAUGUAAACAAAUUCUAAAUAAUGAAUUUCAUCAGCAAUGUACAUUUUAUUUUGCUCUGUGUAUACCAGAUGUAGUAUAAUCACUCCAGAAUCAAUCCUUGUUAUUCAAGCAAUGAUGCAAGACUAUUCUAUAAAGAUAUAUGUAACAUUUUCAGGCCUCUUUUUUUUUUUUUUUUUUUUUUUUUUUUGUUGUUGUUGUUAGGCAGCUUUGUUAUUGUAUAUAUGACACAAGAAGCAAAUUUUUUUCUUUAAAUAAUUAUAUGUAGGAAAUUUGUGCAAUUCUUUCCCAUGUUUUAUGGAUCAAAUGAAUAUGUUCUGUUCAAAUUGUGUAUGGCAUGUUUUGUUAAUAUUUGGUUGUAUAAUAUUGUAAAUAUUGAUUUUUCUGAAUUUCUGUGUAAUUUAAUUUUAUCGAUCUUCAGAAUAUAUGUACUCAUUUUUUAAGUCAGAGAUAAUAAAAAUUUGUAUGUUUAAUUUUUUAAAGUGUUUAAAAGUUUCCUUUUUCAUCUUCUCCCUUUCCCGAUAUAUAUUUACAUGCUUGCAAGAUUUAAUGCCACAGCUAGUGGAAUUUAACAUUUAAAUAUAUUCUUACAUUAGAAACUUUGCUUAUUACGUGUGUGUUAAAAAUUCGUAUAUCGUAUCUUAACUUAUUCUGUAUUAAAUAAAUCUUAUCUUUUGGUAAUAUGUGUGGAAUAAUCAUUUUAAUAAUAGUGGAUAUCCGAGUUCGAUAUGUUUAUAAUGUGAUUCAGUGUAAUGUAGAAUAAGUUAUAAAGGAAGAAGAUUCAUACUUCUAGGUUAAAAAAUAUUUAUUUGUAGGUUGUACAUGCAAAUUAUCAUGAAUGAAUUUUAAUGGGAAUGUAUAUAAUAUGCAUUGAAAUCUGCAAGCAUGUAAACUGGCUUUAAUAAAUUAUUAAAGUUUUUAAUUGUCAGUAUAUUUGUAUUAAAAUAUUAAGGAACUUUAAUUUCAGAUUAUGUUUCCCAUCUUUUAACUAAACAUAAUAUAUUAAUGUAAACUUGUAAUUUCUCACACUUUAAAUUUAUUUUAUAUUUUGAUAUAGUUAUUCAAAUAUGUUAGAAUAUUUGGUCAUUUGUGUUAGAUAUUUGUUUUAUUUUCUUCAGUGUUUGAAGCACUGAGCAAAUAAUUUGCAGUUUAUUAGAAUUUAAUGAUGGUAUUUUUUAGAUUUGUGAAAAAUAGUUUUGACAGUUUUUAUAUUGUAAUAUAAAACUAGAAGCGGAAAAAAACUAGAAAAUAGUUAUAAUAAUAUGUGAAUUUUUGCUGUUUAUUUAAUUUUUCCUCGAACACAUGGUAGUUUUCUGGAUUUUUGGGAAGAAUAAUUUUGCAAAUAUUUUUAUGCAAUCUUUUUUAAAGCUUUACAUUUAUGCAUUUGACUUUAAUAAGAACAUAUAACAGAAAGAUUACUUUAUUUUGCCUUUCAUCCUUUUUGUUUCAUAAUCUUAAUAUUUCUUUCUAUUUUAUACAUUUUAAUGUAAAAAAUAUUUUUACUUGUUUUUCACAGCAUAUUUCUAAGCAAGAACUUGGUUAGAAAAUGCAAGAGUAGUAGCAUGCAAAAUAUAAAAUUUUUAUUCAAAUGCUUAAAAUAUAAGUAUUUUAUGUACAAAGUACCUUGUGUAAAAUUAGGCUAAAAUGAACUUUAGAUUGACGUUGUUUUUAUAGAGAAAAUCUAUCACUUUCAAGGGGAGGACACAGGUUCCUUUUUCUUCAAAAGAGCCAAACUAUUCUACACUAUAGGCCUGAAAUGCAUCAUUUUAAUAGGUGAAAUAAAAGAAUAAAGAGAAAAAACCGCUUCUUGAAGGAAAGUUAAGCCGAUUAUUGUCUCCCUCGAAAUCAACAGCUUUUCUAAAAAACAGUGUCGGUCUAAACUGAGUUUUUGUCAAAUUUUAUAUUUGAUAUUGGCAUGCUUCUUUUCUGUAGAAAUUCCUUGCAUUUAAACUUGACGUAAAUGAUGCUUAAGUUCAUUUAUUGAUAGCUUAAAAUAUUAUAAUUAAAUUUGUGUCAGUUUUAUGUGAAUGUAUUUAGCUAAAUUUCAUAUAGUAUUUAUUAUAUUGUCAAUAUAAAACUGAACAUUUCAUACAUAUAAUGUGGUUUCAUCUAGUUUUGAAUAGUAAAAACAUAUCUGCUAUUUGAAAUGGGAAAACAUCUUUUAAAUUAGAAGAAUGCUGUACACAGUGUUAAUUAAUUUCAUAUAACAGGAAUGUUUAUAUAUAAGUUUUCAUAACAGGAAUGCAGCAAUAUGUUUAAUAUCAUUCAGAGAAUAACUUUUUGAAUACCUUUGGUAGAUUAUUAGUUUCUAUUUAAUAAGAGUUGUUAAAUUUUUUAAUUAUUUUUUCCUUCCAUAGAUUAGGUUAAGGAAGUAGUACAAGAAAAACUUAAAUUAUUAAACAUGGUUAUGGGUUUUUAAUAUCUGUAGAGGAAUUUAUGCUCAAUACUUGAAUCAUCUUUUUGAAAUCCAUAAUUCAAAAUUUCAACAUUUUUAAGUACUCUUAGAAAAUGCAAGAAGUUCUUAUAAUGCUGAAAAUAUGUAUCGUGUAAAGUUUUUGUGGCACUAGGAAAUGAAUGAAGUUAUUCCAUUCAGUAACUAUCAUUUUAAUUACUGUCCUACUUUUUUAUGCUUCAUAAUUUUUCAAAAUUGAUCAAAUAACAUUUUUAAAAUAAUUUCAAAUUUCUCUCAAUCUUAUGUGAUUAAAAGUGGAAGAAUUUAUAUUUUUCACGUGAUGUAUAAAGUUUGUGAAAAAUUAUGUACAUUUGUAAAUUUAUAGAGGAGGUUUAUUGACAGAGUAAUUAUUCAUGAAUAAUCCUGUUAAAAUGUCAUUUGAGAAUUGCUCAAAGCUUGAAUUUUACGUGUAGUUGUAAGCUUUUUUUUUUUCUCUUUUUUUUUUUCUUUUUUUUUUUAAGCCUUUUCUAUUUUUAAAAAUCUAUACUUGGCGGUUUUGGCGAUUAUUAGGUUUUUCAUUGUUUCUAACUACGUACUUACGUGCUCCAAGGUUGUGUGAUGAAAGAAUUUGUUUAAACUUGUAAAAUUGAAAAUUAUAUAAGUUUAUGCAUGCUUCUGAUAAUAUGAUACAUAAUGCAUGAAUGAAUAAAUUAAUUAUUCAUACAUAUAUAUGCAUAUUAUAUUCAUAUAUAUGCAAAUUAAUUAAAAAAAUUGUUGCUUAAUGUUUUAAUGAUAUCCAAAAUGUUUGGCUUUAGUAUUAUUUUCUUUAAGAUUUACAUGAAGUAUCUUGAUCAGGAGCAGAUGUGGGUUUGAAAACAAAAAUAAAUAAAAAGUUUAUCUGCAAAAAAAAGUGUGCAUCGUAAAGAAAUCAAAUCAUGAAUUUAUAGUCUUUAAAUUGGUAUGUUAAGGAUAUGAUUCCUAAAAAUAUCUUGAGCAAAAUAUCAUCAAAGCAUUUAAUUAUCAUUUAUAUUGUAAAUAAUAAUAGAACUCACUAGCUGCAAAAUUAGGUGGGGCUUUUAAGUUGCAAUACUUUGUAUUAAAUUCAAUUUUGAAGGAAAAAAAAUUGUAAGUUGUUUACAUUUAAGUCUCUUUAUAUGCAGACAGUUGUAGGUUUCGUAUGAUACAUUAAGUGAAUCAUUAUGGAAAAUUAAAAAUCAAAAUUCUAAUAUAACAAAGAGUAAAAGCAUAUUUUGAUAAGUUUUUAGUCAUUUUUCAGAUAAUAAAUGAAAAGUUAAUUAAUAAUUUGGCAUCAUAGGAAAUUAUUCUUUCUUAACUUAUUUUUUAUUAAUGUAUUAUCACAUCAUCCUCAGGCAUAGAAAAUGAGGGUAAAAAAAAAAGGUACAUUUCACUUUUUGUUUGACAUAUGCAAAAAAUUAUUUCUCAUUGAAAGAACAUGAGAUUUACAUGAACAUGUGCAAAUUUAUCUAGAAUGACCUUUAUACCAUUAGUUGAAAACCUAAAGAGAGGGACAUUUUUUCCCUAUAAUUUUCUGACAUAAAAAUAGUAAUUUCCACUGAUUGUAAAAAUCAGAAAUAUAUUCUGUGACCUAAAGAAUGCAUCUUCAGUAACAGUUUUAAUUUGACAAGUUUUUCUGCGGUUAUAUUUUCGGUAAUUUUAUACUGUUAAUAAUAAGAUAAUUAUGAAUAUACCAUAAUUACUUGCAUUUUGUAUAUUUUAUGAUAAACAACAUAUGUCUUUCAUAAAAAUUCUUUUGAGUGAAAAGCAGAAAAAUAUUCAAAAUGCCUGUUUUGAGAAAUCUUUAUUAGCCUUUGAGUGUUUCUGAGGAAGACGAGUUGAAUCAAACCAUUAUCUUGGAAAUACGUUUCUAGUUGAAAAAUUUUUUAUUUUUCUAUUCAACUAUUGUAAUUUUUUUUUUCAAGUCAAUGUAAAAAUAUGUUAUGGAAAGUCAACAAUUGUAGUUAAUAUUUGUAUUUAAUUUUAUAUCAUAAUAGGUAGAUUGCUAAGCUUAUCCACACAAUACUUUUAUUACAUUAAUGGAUAUUAAUUUUAUUUUCAUCAUAUUAAAAACUGAUAAAUAAAUUACUUUUCUUCCAUACUCAGGUUUUUUCUCAGUAUAAAUAUUUAUAGAUAUUUAAAUUUUUAAUAAUUUUAUGUUAUAUUUUUAGCAUAAUUUACAAAAUGGAAUUAGCUGAAGAACAUUUAAUGAAAUAUUAAUGUAUUUUAGAUAAGAAUCACAUUAUAAAUAGUUCAGUAACUUGAAUAAUACAUUAUAAAGCAAAUUUAAAUCAAUUUGAAGUUCUUCUGAAGUGACUUCACCAUGCAACAUGAAAAUUUCCUGAAAACUCUUAUUUUUCACAUAAAAACAUUUCACUUUUUCAUAUGAAUUCUGCUUAUAAAAGUGAAUAUUCUUUCUUUUCAUUUAUAUUUAUAUAAAAGUAUAGACUAUAAUUAUGUUAAUGUUAAAAAGCAAAAAUUAAUUUGUAUAUUCUAAAUUUAUCAAUAAUAUAAUUUUGAUUUAUUUUAAUAUUGGGGAUUUUCUAGAAUCAUACAGAAAAGUUACAUAAAUUAUUAUUAAGUGUUCAUAAUUUUCACAAAGAUGUUAAAGUAACAUGUAACCAUAAAACGGAUACAUUUCAGAAGAGGUGUAAUCGUACAGAAAGAAUUUUCACACACAUACACACACCAGAAAAUAAAUAAAUGAAGUGAAAUUAAAGUCAAAUGAUGCAGUUUUUCUAAAUUGAAAAUUGAAUCAAACUAUUUAAUGUAUCAUAUUAAAAAGUGAGUUCAUAUCGGAGUUAAAAUCAUGAUGAAUGCUAAAUUGAAAGACUUCAUUCAUUUCAAUGGAAGUUUAAAUCAUAGUUUUGAAGAAAACAAUGAAAGGAUACUUCAGAAUUGUCUGCCAUAAUUAUUGUCUACAAUAUAAAUCUAUGUUAACCUAAUAAUAUAUAAAAUAUUUUUACUUAGCUAUUUUUAAAUACUAAUAGAUCUGUGAAGAAAAUUUUAAAUAUUUAUUUAUUGUCUUUUUAGCAGUUAUAGUAUUUAAUAUUUCUUAUGAUUUGAAAAACUUCUUAGUUACAAGUUGUAAAAUAUUUUUGAAGAAGUUAUUUUGUAAUUUUAAAAAGAGAUGUUAUACCAUGUAUAGAUGUAUAAUGAUGUAAAUUUUGUAUAAAUGUGGAAGUGUAUGAUGAAUUUAACAGUAAUACCUGGUAAGAAUUGAAUAUGCAUUUUUGAUAAUUAAAUGUAUAUUGUGAAAAGUCAUGUGAACUUGAAAAGUUUUACAUAUAAUAAACAAAGCAUGUAUAUGUAUAAUUUUAUUUUUUGGAAUGAACAGGCAGCUUUUUUUUUCCACUAUGCUAUAACUUUUUUAAAAACUAUACAUUAAUUAUUCAUAAUGCUGUGUGCAAAAUCUGUGUUAAAUUUCAUUGCAUACUAGUCAUUAAAAUAAAUGAUAUGGCCAAAAGCAGCAUACUUAGUAGCACUGUUUUGCUAUAACCAAAUUUUCUGAUUGUCUAGUUUUUCAUUUAUUUUUCCUGUAUUUUAAUUAUUUAAAGAUUUAAAAUCAAGAGUUGCUUUUGGCUGACAAAUGUAUCAUUUUCUCUUUUCAUAUUUAUAAUACUUAUCUAUUUUAAUAUGCAUGUUGAUUUUCAGAUUUUUUAAUAAAGUUUUUAGGCAGUGACUAAAUUUGUGUAAUAUAAAUAUAUUUUCUGUUUUUGAUAAAUAAUUGUUAUAACAAUUAUUCACAGCAAUAAGAUAAAAGCACAUACUUUUAUAUAUAGAAUGAUAUAAGAUAUGUUUUAUAUUGUCAUUUAUUUUCUUUUUAAAAUUACAUAGGUUAAUAUUGCGCUGAUACUGUUUAUGCUUUUUAAAUUAUAAAAUCUUCUUUGAAGGUAAUGUAUUAUAAAAUAAGUAGUUUCAAAUUCCUUUUUAAGGCAAUAUAAUAGUUAAUAAAUUUUAAACUCUUUGAAGUACAAGGAAUUUAAUUGCUUAUUUAUUCUUUAAAUAUUCAAGUAAUUGUUCCAUAAAGUUUAUAUCUGUAUAAACUUUUAAUUAUUUAAAAUAGUUCUGUAAUUAAAAGUUUUUUCAGCAUAAGAAUGAUUUUGCAUAACAGUAUUCUAUGAGCAGAAACUGAAUUAAUGUUUAAAAAAAUGAUUUAAACAGUUUUAGAGAAAAUAAUUAAAUGUUCAUUUUAUUGUUUAAAACUGUUGAUGGUUUUGAAGAAUUCAUAAAUUUUUAGCGCUUUAUGUCCUAAUCAAUUUGUAACUUUUCGGGGCCACAUUCUAAUAAUCUUGCUAGGCUAUAUUAUGCACUGCAUGUAUAACUUUGGGUUCUUCAAAUCAGAUAAUUUUUCAGAUUUGAAAGAUGUUUUGCAGUAUCCAUUUUAUUUUCUAUCUUCAAAUAAAUAAAAGUGAAAAAAGGCAAACAAAUAAUUUGUAUAUUUUUUAAACAGAAUUUUCAAUGAAAUGAGUACAAUUAGAGGGACUCUCUGGCUUAUUAUUGUAAACGAUUUUAAAUUUAAAGUGUGGAAGAUUUUAAUAUUUUGAAUAAAGGCAACUUUCUGUGUGUUUUGAAAUGAUAAAAUCUGGACAUAAUUUUUAUAUUAUCAGUAUUUACUACAAUUUUCAUGUUUGAAGAUGUAAGGUAUAUCAAAAAUCUUUAUUACUGUCAUUUUUUAAAUAAUUUUUCUUCAUGUUUCUCAAGUUUGUAAUGUUAUUUAUAAUUCAUAAAACAAUAUCAAGUAAUUUCUUUCCUGUCUGACAUUUAUGUAAUCUUACUUUACAUCUUAAGUAACUUAUUCCUCAUGUGUCCCUCCCUUUUUUUGUUAAAUGUUACUUAUGAAAGAAGGGAGGGAUAUUGAUAGAGUGUGUUUGAAUUGCACAUUUUUCAUAUUCAUCAUAUUUAUCCUUUUUUUGUAUUUCCUGGGUUAUUUUUUUAUAUUUUCAUUAUAAUGCGGUGUAUUAAUCAUACUUUCACAUAAAAUUUAAUUUUUAACAGAUAACAAGCAGUAGAAAGCAAUGUCUACUACAAGCUUCAUUUUAAGAAUAAAAGAUUGUAAUUUUAAUGAAAUAAUUUGCAGUAAUUUAGGCAGUUCAUUAUUCAUUACUCAUGAAUUUAUGCAUGGGACCACUUUCUUCUUAAAUAUUUUGCAGUUUUUAACAGUUCAAGCAUAUUAUUUCAUUCCAUUUUAUCUUUGGUUUUGCAGAAAUAUAUAUUUUUAUUGAUUCUAGGUUUUUUUGCCAUUUUAGUUUUUGAUGUGUAUUCUUACGUUUUAUUUUUAGAAAAAAGAAAUCAGGACAAAAUGAAACUUUUAUAAAUUGUUUUAAAAAAAAAAGCUUAUGUCGGCAUUUUUUUUUUUGGUUAUAAAUAGUAAUGUGUCUCCCCCCUUUAUAUCUGUGUGCUGUUUUAUUUUCUCUUAUGCUUUUUAAUAUAAAAACAUAACUUUAAACAUAUGAAAAUAGUCAUAUAUUAUAAUGCCAUAUUAUUUCCUAUAGUUUAAAGUAAAAGCAUAAUAUGAAAAUUAUCGUAGAUUUCUUUGUUAGUAGCAAUAAAAUGUGUAAGAUAAUGAUAUUUUAUGUAAGAAGAUGCUAAAGUAGUGAAACACAAAUUUAAUAUUGUUAAUGGCUUUUGUAAUAUGAUCUAUGAAGAGAUAUCUUAAGAAAGCAAUGAAAAGAAAAUUCUAACAAAAGGGCAAUUUUUCCUCAGAUAGUUGUUUUUGAAUUAGUAAGCUUUAAAAAAAAAAAAGAGCUCUUACGUUUAAGAAGUAAAAUAUAAAUUUUAAUACUCCUUCCAUUAAAUUAAUAAAGUAAAAUUUUGCCUGGCAAGUACUUACUGUUCUUCAUGCUUCUUUCUCUAAUCACAUAUUGACAAACCUUUCUAAAUGAAUUUUGAUAUACUGUUAAUUUACACUGUAAUUCAUGAACAAAUGCUUAAAAAGAGAAUAAAUAGUGUAUAUUCACAGUUUGAAUAGUGGAAGAACUAUUACGUUUUGACCAAAAAUGUAAGAAGUAUCUCCGUUUCUGAAAUUAAUAUAUCUGUUUUGUAACCUAUGCUCUAUGAAUUAUUUUAUGCAGUUUUUCCUCAUAACCAUGGCAAAAACAAUUACUUGUACUCUUAUGGAAUAUAUAGUGUAUAUAUACAUCAUGAAAAAUAAACUUAGCAACUAAAUUCUUGAUAAAUUGAUCUUUAAUAUUUCUGAUUCAUUUCAUGUUUUAUUAUUUUUGGGAAGCUGUAGAAAUGUUUAGAGCAAUAUAACAUAGUCUGGGCUUUUUUUAACGCCAAAGUUGUACAUAAAAAUGUAAUCUAAUUGUAUAAUAAACUUUCUCUUUGUAAUUAUAUGAAAACAUAUUUGUAAUAAAUCAACUGUCAGAAUUUCUGAGCGUUGACUCUAUUGUAACAUAUUUUUAAAUAACCUAUGAAUAGAUUUCUGGAAGAAGAAUGUAAUGUAUUUUUCCUCCAGAUUUUCUUUCUCCAUUUAUUUCAUAUUAAAAAAUCAGCCCUUAUUAAAUCUAUCUUUUAUGCAUUCAUGAAGUUAGGGCGCUCAUAAGUAAAUGCUGGCAUGAAAUUUAAUUCAACGAAAUAAAGUAUUUUCAUGCAUUUUUUUUUUUUUUUUCCUUUUCUUCCCCCGCCCUCCCCUAAAUUUUUCGCUCAAUAUGCAAUUUUUAUAGAAAUAAAAUUAUAGAAUAUGUAAUUUUUUGUAUAUAUCCUUUAAAAGUUUUUAAAUGUGCCAUUUAUAAUUUGGUUCCUAACUUGUUAUGAUGCUGAUCUGUUUUCUUUGGGUUAAGUUGCAUCGUUAAAGAUUUUUUUGCAGCUGUUUUAUAGUGUAGUUUAUUUAUUACUAUAAUAAGAUAAUACUGAAUGCAUAAGUAAAGUUUUCAUUAGAAAAAAUUGAACUUUGUAGUAUAUAAUAUAAUAUAAUAGAUUUUUUUAAAGUCUUUUACUGUGUACAUGAUUGAAAUAUAUUGACAAUAAAUGCAUUUCGUGUUAUCUUUUUUUAGUGUUGUCUUUUAUAUCCCAAGCAAGCUGUAUUAAGUGCAUAAGGUUAACAUAAAUAUAUAUAUAUAUAUGAUUAAGUUUCAUGCUGCUAAAUAAUUACUUUUUAUAUUAUGGAUAUGUUUGCUGUAUAAAUUGAUGAGAAAGAGAAAUCAUUUGUUGUUACUACAUUUUCUGUUACUGCUUUUGGAACCUAGUUUUCAUGUAUGACGUAAGACUCUUUUGCUUAAGACAAGAAAAAUAUAUGACACAGAAAUUCUGGACAACCAAAUAUUUCGUGCAGCCCUGUCCCUGGGUUUGAAACAUUUACAUCUGCCAUCCUGCAAAAGGAAAAAACUGAGAUUUGGGAAUUGGGAAAAUUUUUCAACCAGUCAAGAUUUUAAAAAAUUCCAUUUUGUUAACUUUUACAGAAAUGUUAAUAACACAGUUUUUUCAAACUGUUCAAGGACUUGAAAAUAAUUAGAAGGAUUUUUUUAAUUAAAUUUUUCGUAUCAUAUUUUCUGUAAACAAAAACAUAAUUUAAAUUUUUAUAAAAUGUGUGUAUGUUACUCAACCAAAAGAAAGCUCUAAUUAUUUGGAUAUCAUUUAUUUUAAUUUAAAUAUUUAUAAAAUUUGCAUAUGCUGCUCAAGCAAAUAAAGCUCUUAUUAUUUUGAUAGCAUUUAUUUUAUUUUUGUGUUAAUGAUUUCUCUUCCUCUGUUUUGCUCCAUACAAUAUUGUAAUGUUUUUCCAAAUUACUAAUUUUCUUAAUCUGCAUCCAUAUGUAUAUAAUUGUUAUAGUAACUGCUUCUCUUUUUCUCUCAUAUAUGUAUACACUAAUUUAAUUUUUUUUUGAUGUUCUAUGUAUAACUAUUGCCAUGAAAAGAAUCAAAAGUAUAUUUCUUUAAAUAUGGUAUUGAAUUGCCAAAUGAAAUGCUUGCACAGCAAGGAAAUGUGCUGUUCUAUUUUUGGUGUCUGAGAACUGUGUGGAGUUUCAUAUGAAGAGUAAUAUUUAGUCAGCUGUACUUCUUACUGAUCUAAAAAUUGUUUGUAAAUAAUACUUAUGUAGGAAAAAAGUGUGAUUUUCAUGAAAAUGUGGCAAAUAAAUGCUGCUAUGAAUUU